UGUGGUGUGCGCCAGGAGAGGAGGGACAACAUGGAGGAAUCCUUCACGGAGGGAGGUGAUACCGCUGCAGCAGGGGAUCAUCAGCCUGAAAGGGGAAUUGAGCUCCUGUUGAGCUGGAUGCUGCGCGUGAGGCAGUGUGAAGCUGGGCAUACUGAAAGAGAAUCUCAGCCAGGGGAAGAUACAAAGUUCUGCUGUGGGUCGGUGAUCUGCUGCGACGAGUCCUGCAUUGACUUCAAGGCUCAUGGAGGAUCUUCUGUUCCUAGGACAGCAGGUCAGUCAGCAAUGGCUGCAGCAGAAAUUCCCAGUUACAUUGUCUCUUCUCAGACUGAGAAACACAGAAGGGCCAGAAACUGGACUGAUGCAGAAAUGAGAGGUUUAAUGCUGGUCUGGGAAGAAUUUUUUGAUGAACUGAAACAAACUAAAAGGAAUGCCAAAGUUUAUGAGAAAAUGGCUAACAAACUCUUUGAAAUGACUGGAGAAAUUCGCCACGGAGAGGAAAUAAAGAUAAAAAUUACAAAUAUGACAUUCCAGUACAGGAAAUUAAAAUGCAUGACUGACAGUGAAACUGUUGCACCUGACUGGCCUUACUACAAAACCAUUGAUAGGAUUUUAUCCAAAGUGACAGACCACAGCGAUGUGAAAAUGCAUGAAAAUCAGCAACCAGGUCCUUCUACAUCACAGACGGAGGCCUCACAGUCUCCAUCAGCUAAGUCAACGCCUCUGUAUUUGCCAUAUAACCAGUUUACAUACGAAGGAAGGGAAGAGUGCUUUGAAGAUGAACAUUCAGAGAGCUCAUCAAGCUUACUUUCUUACAAGUUGAGAACUGAAGAAAGACCAGUUAAGAAAAGAAAAAUGCAAAGCUGCAGCUUUCAAAAGAAGAAGCUAAAAUUAAUGGAGGCCAUGUUGGAAGAACAAAAGAAGUUAAGCAGAGCUAUGGAAGAAACCUGUAGAGAAGUGCGCAGGAUUCUGGAUCAACAAAACAUCAUUCAAGUUCAAAGCUUACAGCUACAGGAGAGAAUGAUGAAUCUACUGGAGAAAAUGAUUUCCAAAUCCAAUGUGUAGUUUCCCCUUGUGAAUGCCUCUGAGAUUAUUGUUGAUAUUAUAGACAUCCCCUUGCUACACACCUUAUGUGUGUCUGUUGCCCUAUUCCCUGGUUUUCCAUGGAAAUUAAAACCUUAGUGUAAUCUUAGAUAAGCAAAGAGAAAAGAUAAUGCAGUGUGAGGGCUAUCUGGCAUGAAAAAAAAAAAUAGUGCAAUAUAUGCCUAAGUUGAAUUAUUUUUAUACAGAAAGGAUAAGGGAUGAAGCUCUGGGAACUUUGGUACUAUUAUGCCUAGGUCAGUUAUUGUUUUACAAACAGAUGUGUUGUAUAUUUCUUCACAUCAAGGACCGUACCCUGACCUGUUGUAGGGGAACAGAGUAAUGUGUUCCUAGAAAUGCUAAUUGCAUCUUGACUUUGCUGAUGAUUAAACCUUGUUUUGAAACAUAGACAGUGAUUGUUCAAGUGACCUAUGGUUCUUGUGAAGAGCUACUUGGGACGACGAGAUGCAUCCUUUUAAACUCCAUGCCUGGUAUGAAUAGUACUCUAAAGUAUGAGGGUAAAAAUAGUCUAUUCAAAUACAGUUUUCAUAAGCAAACAAAAAAAUCCUUACUAUAUACUGAAUACUAAAAUGUAUAGAAGAUACUUGAAAUUGCUUUUGAUAUUAAAUGUUUAAUUUUUUUCAUUAUUAACUGGAAUCUGUUGACUUAAUGAACAACCAGCAAUGAAAACUCUCAUUUAUUCUCUAUCACAGAAGAAAAAUAUUGUAUUGUGUGUAUAUACAUAUAUAUAUAUCUAUCAAAUGAAAUAAAGAAAAAGAAGAAACAUUUAUUAUUGCUGGGUUAGACAGUAUGCUUUGGGACAGUGAAAAAUACUGAGAGAGAUAAUCACAGUCAAAGGUUUUAAUUAUUGAUUGCAGCGUAAAUAUAUCCUAUGCUGGUAGCAAAAUAUAUAGAUGGAAGUCAUGAAGAUCAUUCAACACCUCUACCCCAAUAUUUGCUGGUGGUGCAAAUCUGAUAACGCAAGUAGAUGUUUAAGGUGUGGCUGUAAGGCAGAUCAACAUUGAUAUACCACAAGAGGGAGCUGAAGGCAUAAAGGAUUGUACUUAAAUAUUUGAGAUGAAGUACUAGAAAGUGAUUCUUUAGUGCAAGGUAAUAUUGAAAUAACAUUUAACAUACUUUCAAAAAUUCCUCAGCUGAAUUCCUAUAUACAUUUAUUUUUGCUUUAUCAUUUAAAAGCAAAUUUCUUCUGCUUUCACUGUAUUUGCAAGGCUGAUUACCUAAGGUUAGAUUCAGAUAUAGAAGUAUAAAAUUAAUGUCAGUGCUAGGAACUAAGGCCAUUCUUCCAUUCUAGCUACUAAAUAAUGUCUUCUCUUGAAACAUUACUUUUGAAGUGGUUUGCAUUUUUCUAUAUAUUUUAACAUAUUGUUAGCUAAACUAAUGAUAUCUAAACUAUUUUAAAGCUCAGACUCAAUUUAUUAAUCUGUAAUUCUGUUUAGUGAACAGGAUAAAGGCUGUACUCACCAAACAAAUUAAUAAUAUAUGGAAAUAUUUCUUAAAGGCUGCUGAAGGUAUGAAGAUAAGAAUGAUGCAGCUCUAAAACAUGAUUAUUGUAUAUACGUGUAGUCUAUUUCUACUGAGUUUAAUUUAUACAAGGCUAAUGCAAACAUAGUAGAAGACAGAACCUGCAGACAAUGGUGGCUGAUCAAUGAGAUAAAUGAAAUAAUUCUCCUUCACACUCUGCUACAGUGACUGGGUGACUGGAAAAAAGGACAAGUGUCUGGCCUGAUUCUGCGAAGACAGGGUGAAGUUAUACAGCUUACAAUUAGUAAAAGUGAAACUCCAAAUGAUUUUGUGUACCUAAAAUUGUAUUAGUUGGUUCUGAAGGAGAAUCAUGAAACCUUACUAUGUGUCUGCCUGCACAAGUACUUCUAAAAGAAGAACUGUUCCUAGUGUCAUGCAGGUGAGUGUUGUCAUACAUGCACGUGAGGGAAGGAAAAUAUGUUUUGUGCUUUUGCAUAUUCCAGUUGUAGACAUGUUAUAGACACAAGUGGGCUGAA